UUAGUAAUCCCGUCCUAUCAAUGUGCGGGGCCGCGAACAACGUCAGCGGGACCGAUUCCCUGCGUCUGCCAGUCCCGCCACGGAUUCAUUUGGGAUCCUCAAACAGACAAGCCCCGUGGAGACGAGGGAUCAAGAGAGCGGAUUAGACCAAUUGCCUGCUUCGGGGACUGCCAGCCCCUCCAGGCCUGGCGAAGGGGGAGGGAGGGGAUCGACGAACGGAGCGCCACUGCAGGAAGACACCGAAGCUAGAGCGACACUCUCCCCCGCUCCCCCCACCCCCCACCUGGCAGCUCAGGCUUUGAAAGCUGCUCCCCCAUCUGAAUGGAAACUCGGAACCGCCGGGCGGCGCGUUCCUUCUCGCCCAGCCUUGCGAUCCAUGCCGAGGGGAAGGCAGUGGAAGCCCGCGCCAGCGCCCAACUCCCGGGACAGGGCCGGCAGUGCUGCUGAGCAGAACUUCACCGAGCCCUUUCCUCGCUGCUAGUGGAAGCGAUGCUGCACGGCACAGCCAGCGCUUCCCCGGCUCUCCUUCAAGCUGAAGGUUACCCACCCGCGCAACCAGCCCCAACCCUGUGAGCGCUGUGCCUACGGUCCAGCUCCGGCUGCUUGGCGGCGGCGCGCAGGGCAACAACCGGGCCGCCCGCGCCGGGGCGCACUGCACCAGCGGCUUCGGCUUGGUGGAUGUGUAUGCAUGAGUUCUGCACCGAAUGGGCGCAAAAAGCGCCCCAGCCGGUCCACCCGCUCCUCGAUCUUCCAGAUCAGCAAGCCCCCGCUACAGAGCGGGGAUUGGGAGCGCAGGGGCAGCGGCUCCGAGAGCGCCCACAAAACCCAACGAGCCCUGGACGAUUGCAAGAUGCUUGUCCAAGAGUUUAACACGCAAGUGGCCCUGUACCGAGAACUGGUCAUUUCUAUUGGGGACGUCUCAGUCAGCUGCCCCUCACUUCGGGCGGAAAUGCACAAGACGAGAACCAAAGGCUGUGAAAUGGCCCGCCAGGCACACCAGAAACUUGCUGCCAUCUCAGGCCCGGAAGAUGGUGAGAUCCACCCAGAAAUCUGUCGGCUCUACAUUCAGCUGCAAUGCUGCUUAGAAAUGUACACAACAGAGAUGCUAAAAUCCAUAUGUCUGCUGGGGUCUCUUCAAUUUCAUCGAAAAGGAAAAGAGCCUGGUGGGGGAACCAAGAAUUUGGACUGCAAAAUUGAGGAAAGCACUGAAACACCUGCUCUAGAGGACUCCUCAUCAUCCCCCAUAGAUACUCAGCAACAUUCCUGGCAGGUUUCCACAGACAUUGAGAACACUGAAAGAGAUAUGAGAGAAAUGAAAAACCUUUUAAGCAAACUCAGGGAAACUAUGCCUUUACCAUUGAAAAAUCAAGAUGACAGCAGCCUUCUAAAUCUAACCCCCUACCCCCUGGUUAGAAGACGGAAGAGAAGGUUCUUUGGGCUGUGCUGUCUCGUCUCAAGCUAGACGAUUGCUCUUGGAAACCCACACUGGGAAGACCUGAAAAUAUCACAGAACCUGAGGACCUCCAGACAGCUGAACCACAGUUAUUCGUUUUUGACCAUGUUUUCUAUGCUUCCUUAUUACUUUUAUCCACCUCCUGCUGCCCUUUUAAACGAUUUUACAUUUGAAAGCAGCUGCUGUCAAGGAAAAAAAAAAAAAGAUUCAAAAAGCAGGCUGUUUUUAAAAGGAUUUUUAAAGCUGACAUUGUGCAUGUCUAUGCCAAACCACACCAUGACAGAUGCAAGAAUUAUGAUUUUUAAAUUAUUUAAAGGUUUUUUUAAGUGUAUUAUAAAGAGAAAAAUUAUUUCAUGUAUAAUAGUCUAUCUAUAGCUCUUGCUGAUCUCAUGUUAACAGUUUAUCAUAUAUGAGAGUCUUUAAACAUAGAAUCUAUUUAAAACUGAAAAACUAUUGAAAAUCCAAUCAAUAUUAGAAAUAAUAUUAUAAUCAAACGUAUAUCACCUCACCUAUUGCUUUCUCUGUACUCAUUUACAGUUAGUCUUCCAUUCUGUCAGAAUCUAAGAGCUGCAACAUAAAAUAUCUUAAUUUAUAAUGCAACAAAAAACAUAUAUGAAAAGUAUUUAAGUUUUGUAAAUACACAGUAAUCCUAAAACCUUCAUACAAUGCAUAUGGGCAUCUAAUUUCCUUUUGAUCCAAUGGUGUCUUUUUCACUUCUUGGAGAAUGGAGUAAUCCAGUUAGGAAAUGGUGUAGUAACCAUAUGCAAUUACCCUCAAAUGUAAAAUUGAAUAUUAUCAUAUUUUGUUCUAAUUGAAAUCUGAAGCAUGAUGUCUGCACAUCAGCAUAGUGUUAAAUCUUAUAGGGCAUGCUGGAAUUAGCUCAGAUCGUAAAAAUACUUAACAUUUUACAUUGUUAAUAAAAAUCCUUUUAGUUAA